AUGCCUGUUUGCGAUGGUUCGUCCGCGAAUGCUGGGCUGUCGAGCAGGAAUGAUUAUCCCAACUUCUUUCGUACCAUUCCGAAUGAUAACUUGGCUGCUGAGGCGACAAUCAACCUUGUGUUGAACACGUCCUGGACCCGGUUGGGUUUCAUCGCUCCGACUGACAACAUGGGCACGGGGUUACUUACAAGGGCGAUCGAGUAUGCGAAGUUCAUGAAGGUUGACAUCGCCACCGUGCAGACAUUCUAUCCGGACAAUGACGACUUCUCCCUUCUCGUCAGCAAAGUGAUUGAGUCUGCUGCGACGGUUCUGGUCUAUUUCGGCGCCCCUGAGGGGUUGACGGGUAUUCUGAAAGAGGCCGAGAAACGUGGAAUGGUGUCUACCGACUAUCAGUGGAUUGCGUACAGUGAUCCGUCUCUUAUCCAUGCUAUGGAUCCGAACAACCCAGAUGCGGGCGGCCUUGAACCUGCUGAGCUUCGACUAUGGCACGGUGUUUGGCAGCCUUACCCUCGCGAAGCUUCCGGAGACAUUUAUAAGAAUACCUUUCUUCCUGCCUGGCAAAUGGAAUAUGCCAAUGGCGAUAUGUCGGCAUCUCCCACGAGCUAUGCUAUGUUUUUCGCCGGCUGUCUCGAGAUGAUGGUCUACGGCUUUGACAAGCUUCUGAAAAGUAACACAGUCACCUUCUCGGAUCUCGCUGAUAUACACACCAGUGGAUUUAGGUUUACUGUUCCAGAAGAUUUCUCCUUUCCGGAGAAACAAGGUGUCACCGGCUCGCUGGCACUGGAUGAAUACGGCGACCGACUUGCAGCCAUGGAUAUAUUAUACUAUGAUUAUGGUACUGACUCCUGGAUUCCGUUUGGCACAUGGGAUAAGGCAGGGGAAAAGGCCACUUACGUCACACGUUAUGCGGAGCCCGUAUAUUUCAACGGGGGUACAAUGAGGCCUUCGGAUGUAUUGCAAGUCACCACGCUGUUGACCACGGUCGAUGUCCAUGACGGGAUGGGUACCUUUACUAUUGUUCUGUGUGCCAUUGCUGUGCUUGCUAUUUUAUUAGUGAUGGUUAUCUUGGCGAACGAAUGGAGUAACCCAAUUUUCAAGGCAAACAGUCCGCCAAUUUUAGCCACUACACUCAUCGGUAUUUUGACUGGCACCUUCUACCCAGUAACUCUCCUGGGAGAACCAUCUCAGGCGGCUUGCGUUGCUGCUGCCUGGCUCAUCCCUUGUGGCCUGGGUCUCGUUCUAGGCAGUUUGCUUGUAAAAACUUUCCGUCUUUUCGCAAUCUUCAGGAGACAAGGCGCAAGAAAGAUCGGUACCACAAACAAGCACAUGUUUUCCUGGCUCGCCACUGUAGCUGGCAUUUAUGUGGUCAUUGUUCUAGUAUGGACCAUUGUAGACCCACCGCGUCCACAGAAAGAAGUUUACAAUAUCAUUAGCCCCAGUUUGGUAGAGUCCCGGGCUUUCUGCGCUUCCUCAACGGGUCCUCGACAAUGGGCUGUGCAGGGCAUCCUCUUCGGAUACACAGUCCUUCUGCUCAUUGCCGGAGGCUUUAUGGCCUUCGCCACCCGUAACCUUCCUAAACAGUUCAGCGAGAGCAAAUCUUUGGGGUACGUUCUCUACGCUUACAGCGGAAUCAUGAUUUUUGUCCUCCCCAUACUCUUCCUUCUCGAUAUCUCCUACUCUGGAUACUUGAUCAUCAAGGUCAUUGCCACAUACGCAGCCGUGUUUCUCACGCUUGGUAUCUUGUUCGGAAACAAAUUAUUUCAACUGUGGCAAUCGCGCCAGGCGAAUAGGAGCAACAAUGAUCUUUUGCGAAGUGGAAUUCGAAAGAAAAAGGAUCCAACGACGGAUAGUUGGGCGGUUAACUCGGUUUCCAAAACGGCGACCAAGUACGGGAAAGUUUGGGUGUCUGAUCGUCAAUCAAUGGUUUCCUUCUGGGCCGAAAGGACACUUAUUGUCUAUGCAGAUAAAGCUAUUGCACUGCUCGCCGGAGGUGCAAAGAAGCAUGCAGCAACGACGUGUCGCUACUUUCCACUUUUAACUUACGAGUUCUCCACCCAAGUCGAAGAGUCCGAGGGCAUUUACACCCUCCGCCUCCGCCAUUCCACUGAUCCAGCCUCGAGUGUUACCGUCCGAGUCCCAUCAGCGCAAGAACUGGAGGAAUGGGCCACGUUGAUCGCCAAACUUUGCCGUCGUACAUCCGAUGUGAUUCCCAAUAGUAGGGCUAACAGACCCGCAUCAAGCAAUCCCGGUUCUGUAACAAAUCAGAGCGAAAAAUCGAACAAGGUAAUUCCCAAGGUGCAUGGGCCUGGGUCUUUGAGUCGUAUCAGUGGUUUUGCCGAGAACGGCAAAGCAGCUAAGAGCACAUUAGAUGACUCUGAGGUCUGAGAGGAGAAGUAUGCUCACUCGAUAGUAUAGCAGUACAGACAUGAUUGGGUAUUGAGUGGGCAGGGAUGCCCAUAACUAGAUGUCACUAGGAAUG